CCCUAUCGAAAAUAAAUAUGAAAAUUGUUAUUACUUUUUUUCAGAUGAAACCGAAUGCUUCAGACAAACUCCUACCUGAGAUUACUGCGGUCAAUAUCAAUAAGAUGGUACCGGAGGAACCCCCUGAUGAAGAAAUCAUUGAAUGCAAUAAACAGGAAAUUUGUUACGGAGCAGGAGACGCAGUAUUCUCAUCAUUCGUCGUAGCACCGCUAGUGGUUAGUGUUUGGAGAGGAAUAUGGGGUAUAAUGGAUUCAUACCCUCAUUUGUUUCCUCACGCUCAGAUAUUCGUCCUGGGAAUCAUAAUACAUACCUGCUUUGCUUUAGUUAGAUCAUUCCUGUUAUCACGUUCACGGGAUGCAUGGGGGGAAGGCAGAGCUGGAAGAUGGCUUCGGGAGCGGUUCCUCAGCAAAGUGUACACUUAUGUUUUCAUCCUCUCGAAUAUAAUGCACUGGAGAGGAGGCUUUGGACUUUUAGACAUGUUCGUUACUCAUAUUAUCCCUGAGGAUGAUAACUGCCAUAGACCAGUGUUAAUUGGAGCCCUGACUCUACUGUUCUAUCUGGUCACCAUUUGCUUCCGCUCUUCCCGUAACAUUUUAGCGUCACCAUACUUUCUGGUCUCAGAUGGGAAAGAGGCCACGUACAUCUUCACUACACGAUUCCAAAGUAAGAGUAGCAGAGAAACUGCACUUUACAUUCUGGACUGCGUGUUCUCGGUGACGGUGGUGGGCUCACUCGUAGUUUUUGUGUGGCGAGGUUCUUGGGCACUGCUGGACAUCUUCCUCUACCCUGACGACCAGGUCAAGUCGUUCUGGACAUCACUUGUGGUGGGAUACGCGAUAGUUGUGGUGACGUUCGCUACCCAAGUGCCCAUGCGAUGGGCAGUGGGGAAACUGCAAGGCGCGCCUAGGUUGCUGGUUGCUGAUCUUUAUCAUCUGGUGUCGUUUUUGGCGACAGUUAAUGUGUGGCGAGCCGUUUGGGGCCUGAUGGAUGUAUAUUUCUUCCCAGAUACGCCCAAGCUAAGCAACUGGUGCUCACACAUCAUCAGCCUGUCAUUGUUGAUUCUUCUCAACUGCUCGAACUCUAUCCUAGUGAGAGGAGUCUACAUCGACGCUGAGGAGCCCGCAGGUGACUGUGUCGUAUUCCCGUGCCACUACCUCAGGUUAUUCUUCCACAAGGAGAGAACCAAGAAGAGACAAAAAGGGUCUCUUACAGCAGCGCCUACUUCUGCUACCAAAAAAAUAGAAGAAGCCAGCGUGCCUUUACAAACUCCAGAGGAGAAAGUUUAAUAUUCUCCAUUACCAGAAGGAUAUUUUCCGAAUUGCAUUUUUGACUACACUGUACAUAAUGUUUUAUUUAUCGAUUAACAAUCCUGUACUAUAAAUAAAAACGUUACCUAUGUAUAUAUAUAGACAUGAGUAUUAAAAACGUUCACUUAAGUGACAAAUAAAACAUAAUUGAAUCUUAACUAAGUAUGAAAAUGUUUUUAAAGAAAAGUUAUAUUUAUAUAGAAUAUUUUUCUUCGUACAUAUUUUUAAAAACAAAUAAUGCUAGUAAUGUACUUGUAAUUUUUCCGCCAGUGAGUCGUUGUGGUUUUAUAACGCUACCUUUCUAUUCCUUACUAAUAGCUUUAUUAUGAACUUUGAUAUUUAUUUUAUUUUAUUUUAAAUAACAUAAUUUUUUUUUAUAUAUCAUGAAAUAACUGUUAACUAGCUAAAAGUUCUUAUUUUGCUAUUGUUUCUUGUUAGGUUAGGUUAGUUAAAUUAAAAAAAAAAAAUUCUCCAAAACCAUUAA